CUCCUCGUUUCUCUCAUCUUCUUGCGCAUCCCAUGCCCUAAUACCCUUCCUUUCUGCAAACCCACUUUACCCUUUUUCAUCUUCCAAUCUCAUGCAAUCCCUCUGCAUAUCGCUAUCUGAUCCAUCACCGAGAUUAUUGGAUAACGAUGAAGGAAAACAAAUCAUCAGCACCUAAAAUGAUUAGCAGGAACUGGGUUUUAAAGCGCAAGCGGAGAAAACUUCCUUUAGGACUGGAUCAAUCCUCUGGUAAAGAACAGUCCAAUGGUAAAGAAGACAAUUCAGUAACAUCUGAAUCUUCUAGGAAUGCUUCAGCUAAACGUAUGCGGAAGAAUGAAGUAGCUACUGAUCAAUUUUCGUCUAAGAAGAAAGGGAAUGAUGGGUAUUACUUUGAAUGCGUGGUCUGUGAUCUUGGUGGCAACUUAUUGUGCUGUGAUAGCUGUCCUCGCACUUAUCAUUUACAGUGUCUUAGUCCUCCUCUUAAGCGCAUCCCUAUGGGGAAGUGGCAAUGUCCAACCUGCUUUGAAGGAAAUGAUCAACUAAAGCCCAUAAACCACCUGGAUUCAAUUUCAAAACGAGCGAGAACAAAGAUUGUCACUGCAAAAUCAAAAGGUGGAGUUAACUCACUUAACCUGAACAAAGUAUCUGGAAUUUUCGGAAGUAAACUUAUUUCUAAGAAAAGGUCCUCCAGCAAAGGAAAAUCUAUUGCAACUUUGGGGGUCAAAUUCUUUGGAAAGAAACCUUCAUCAUCCCCAUUAGAUGCAGCUUUUAGCAACAAGCCAAUUGACCCAUCUCUUGGGUGUUCCUUGGAAGGAACUUCAUCAUGUGUGGAUGCUGAUGAAAAGAAAUUGAACAUGUCCCCAACAGUCUCCCCUACGGACAGGAAGUCAACUUCACCUGUUAAGGAAGUUUUAUCUCCUAAAAUUACUAAUAUAGAGGCAAAUGAUGGACAGCUGGAGGGGAAGCGUGAUAUAUCUUGUAAUAAAAUGCCUUUGAGAAAAACACUUGUUCUUGCUAUUGCUGCUGGUGGAGAGGAAGUGAGAAAAAGGAAGCAGAAAGUUGUUAAUGAUAAUACUAGUCAAAAGAUGCGUAGGACUGAAAAGGGGAAAAAAAUUGUCAAUAUUGUCAAUACUUCUAUAAAGUGCAAGUCUGGAAAUAAUAAAGUACACAAGAAGCAGAAGUCUAUAACCCAUAGCAUUUCUGCAUCUAUAUCAAAAGAAGAUGCUGGCAACAAGAAUUCUGAUGCCCAGAAGAAAGAUGAGAAGUUCCCUCAGGUAAUGAAAGACAGAACAAAUGAACUAGACAAAGCAGGAAGUCAUGUGGGUGAAACUUUAAUGCAUGAAAACAGUGCUAUUGUUGAACCUCUGCAGGUUGAUCGGGUUCUAGGGUGUCGAAUUCAGGGUGAGAACACCAACUCACUACGACACUUAUCUUUGAACGUUGUGGAUGACUCACCUACUGGCGAUUUGGUAAUAUCAGAAAACCAGACCAGACUACUAGAGGAUAAUUCUGCUUGUGAUAAUGAUUUGGAUGUUGAAUCAGCUGAAAAUCUUAUUUAUGAUCCUCAAAAUGUCAUUGAAAGUUCUGAUAAAGAAGGAUUAUUGAAAAACACUAAUAGAGUGGAAAAAAUUCACGUAUACAGAAGAUCAAUGACAAAGGAAAGUAAGAAAGGAAAUCCCAUAGAUGCAUUGAUUAAAGCCACUGAUGAUUCAGGUUCCUGUGCCAGGGAUGGUAAAGAUCAGGAUGAUUCUGCUGUAUCUGCUGAACAUUUGGAAAAAACAAAUGACAAGGUGGAGACAGAGGAGAGUAUCAAUGUUGCUUUAAGAAGUGAGGAUAACAGUGAGCUUGCAAAAAAUUGUGAAACACCUGUCUCUCUGGAAGCAAAACAAAAAGAAGUGGAAGUAGAGAAGGGAAUGACUAGCAGUGUUGAUAAUAAAGUUCAGGAUGCUAAUGUGGUUGAAUCUGCAUGUCCAAAUGGAGAGAAAGUUUCCUAUGAAUUUUUUGUUAAGUGGGUAGGAAAGUCUCAUAUUCAUAAUAGUUGGAUUUCUGAAUCCCAGUUAAAAGUUCUUGCAAAGAGAAAACUAGAAAAUUACAAGGCAAAGUAUGGGAUGGCGAUAAUAGAUAUUUGUGAGGAGCGUUGGAAGCAGCCUCAGCGGUUGCUUGCUCUUCGUACUUCCAAACAUGGAAGAUCUGAAGCAUUUGUAAAAUGGACUGGACUACCUUAUGAUGAAUGCACUUGGGAAAGUUUAGAUGAACAAGUGCUUCAAAAUUCUUCUCAUCUGAUUACACUUUUUAAUAAACUUGAAACCCUGACACUGGAAAGGGAUGCAUCGAAGGAAAAUUCAAGUAGAAAAAGCAAUGACAAUCAAAAUGAUAUAUUUAAUCUGACGGAGCAACCUAAGGAGCUAAAAGGUGGUUCUUUGUUUCCCCAUCAGCUUGAGGCUCUGAACUGGUUGCGGAAAUGCUGGUAUAAGUCCAAAAAUGUGAUACUUGCUGAUGAGAUGGGGCUUGGGAAAACAGUAUCUGCUUGUGCUUUUAUUUCAUCAUUGUAUUUUGAAUUCAAAGUUUCACUUCCUUGCUUGGUCUUGGUACCACUCUCCACAAUGCCUAAUUGGCUUGCUGAAUUUGCAUUAUGGGCUCCAGAUGUGAAUGUUGUAGAAUAUCAUGGCUGUGCUAAAGCAAGAGCCAUUAUUCGCCAGUAUGAAUGGCAUGCAAAUGAUCCAAGUGGAUUGAAUAAGAGAACAGAAGCCUAUAAAUUUAAUGUGCUUUUAACUACAUAUGAAAUGGUUCUUGCUGAUUCUUCUCAUUUGCGUGGAGUUCCUUGGGAAGUUCUUGUUGUUGAUGAGGGCCAUCGACUGAAGAAUUCAGGAAGUAAGCUUUUCAGUUUGCUGAAUUCAUUCUCUUUUCAACAUCGUGUACUGUUGACAGGUACCCCACUCCAGAACAACCUUGGUGAGAUGUACAACUUGCUUAAUUUCUUACAGCCUGCUUCAUUUCCUUCUCUAUCUUUAUUUGAGGAGAGAUUUAAUGAUCUUACUACUGCGGAGAAAGUUGAUGAAUUGAAAAAACUUGUUUCUCCUCAUAUGCUUCGUAGACUUAAAAAGGAUGCCAUGCAGAAUAUUCCCCCCAAGACAGAAAGGAUGGUUCCUGUUGAGUUGUCAUCCAUCCAAGCUGAAUAUUACCGUGCAAUGCUUACAAAGAAUUAUCAAAUAUUGCGGAAUAUUGGGAAAGGGGUUGCCCAACAAUCUAUGCUGAACAUCGUGAUGCAACUGAGAAAGGUCUGCAAUCAUCCAUAUCUCAUACCUGGAACUGAGCCUGAUUCUGGAUCUGUUGAGUUCCUUCAUGAAAUGAGAAUAAAGGCUUCUGCUAAGUUGACUCUUUUGCAUUCUAUGCUAAAGAUUUUACAUAGGGAAGGGCACAGAGUUCUUAUUUUCUCACAAAUGACCAAGCUUCUUGACAUCCUGGAGGACUAUUUGACCAUAGAAUUUGGGCCUAAAACGUUUGAGAGAGUGGAUGGCUCUGUUUCUGUAGGUGAUCGUCAGGCAGCGAUUGCACGCUUCAACCAAGACAAAAGUCGAUUUGUUUUCUUGUUAUCCACUCGCUCUUGUGGACUUGGGAUAAACUUGGCAACAGCUGACACUGUCAUCAUCUAUGAUUCUGAUUUCAACCCUCAUGCAGAUAUCCAAGCGAUGAAUCGAGCACACAGAAUUGGACAAUCAAAUAGACUUUUGGUAUACCGGCUUGUUGUUCGUGCUAGUGUUGAAGAGCGCAUCUUGCAGCUUGCUAAGAAGAAACUGAUGCUUGAUCAACUUUUUGUAAAUAAGUCUGGGUCUCAAAAAGAAGUGGAAGAUAUUAUAAAAUGGGGAACUGAAGAACUCUUCAAUGAUUCUCCUGGCCUGAAUGGGAAAGAUAUAAGUGAAAAUAAUAAUUGUAACAGAGAUGAGGCAGUACCAGAUAUAGAACAUAAACAUCGGAAGAGGACUGGUGGUCUGGGAGACGUAUACAAGGAUAAGUGUACAGAUAGCAGCAGCAAGAUUCUGUGGGAUGAAAAUGCAAUUUUAAAAUUGCUUGAUCGGUCAAACCUUCAAGAUGGUUCUACUGAUAUUGCUGAAGGGGAUUCUGAGAAUGAUAUGUUGGGUUCAGUAAAGGCCCUUGAGUGGAAUGAUGAACCAACCGAAGAACAUGUAGUGGGUGAAUCGCCUCCUCAAGGGACUGAUGAUAUGGGUACACAAAAUUCUGAGAAGAAAGAGGAUAAUGCGGUGAUUGGCAAUGAAGAAAAUGAAUGGGACAGACUACUGCGUGUGAGGUGGGAGAAAUAUCAAAGUGAGGAGGAAGCAGUUCUUGGUCGAGGGAAGCGGCAGAGGAAAGCUGUUUCUUAUAGGGAAGCAUAUGCUCCACACACAAGUGAAACAAUGAGUGAGAGUGGCGGUGAGGAGGAAAAAGAGCCAGAACCAGAGCCUGAGCGUGAAUAUACACCAGCAGGACGGGCCCUGAAGGCAAAAUUUGCUAAACUCCGUGCUCGGCAGAAGGAACGGCUUUCUCGGAGGAAUGCAGUUAGAGGAUCACAUCCUGUUAUGGGACCUCCAGGUACCGAGUUGCUCACGCAUUCUCCAGCCAAUGCUAAGGGUGGAGGUCUUGGAGCUGGAUCAAUGCAUUCAGUUAAAGAGGGGCCUUCUAUCAACUUAGAGGACAGCAAAUUUACUCAACUUUCUGAAGCUCAAAAUAGCAACAUUGACUCCUUAUCAAGGAUCAAGCUUCCACAACAUAUAUUGAGCAGUCCCUUUGAUGUUUCUGUCAAUAAUCCAGGCCAUUCUCUACCCGACUUUUUCCAUCAAAAUCACCAUAGUAAGGGGGGGCUGAACAUGACAAACUCUAUGCCUACUACCGGUUUGUUGCCUGUUUUGGGACUUUGUGCUCCUAAUGCUAACCAAAUAGAAUCAUCAGAAAGUAACAUUUCAAAGUUGAAUUGGAGACAAAAUAGACAUGGAACCAGACAAGAGUUUCCAUUCAGUCUUGCCCCUUGCUCUGGAACAUCCAUGGAUGCUGAGGUCAGAAGUAAGGAAACGGCAACAAAUACCAGACUGUCAGAUGCAUCAACAGAAAAUUUACAGCAAAGUUUCAAAUAUAGCAUCCCCGAUAACAGUCUCCCAUUUGUUCCAUUUCCACCAUCUGUGCAUGGAAAUGAAUCUGAUGCAUUUGAAAAUUCAGGUGCUAGAUUCUCUGCUUUUCAGGAGAAGAUGGCCCUGCCAAACCUGCCAUUUGAUGAAAGAUUGCUGGGCAGAUUUCCAGUAACAUCUAAGAGCAUGCCAAAUUCACAUCUGGACCUCUUGCCUAAUUUGUCAUUAGGAGGCAGAUUUGAAGCUUUGAAUGGAUCUAUGCAAGACCUUCCAACAAUGCCAGCAUUACCUACUUUCAAAAUUCCCCCUGAAGAUUUAUUCAGAUAUAAUCAGCAAGACAAGGAUGCGCUCCCCCCCACCUUGGGUUUGGGACAAAGGCCAACCACAUUCUCAUCUUUCCCAGAAAACCAUAGGAAGGUGCUUGAAAACAUAAUGAUGAGAACUGGAUCUGGAUCUGGAUCAAGUAAUUUAUUGAAAAAGAAGUCAAAAUCAGAUGGGUGGUCUGAAGACGAACUUGAUUCCCUCUGGAUUGGUGUUCGUAGGCAUGGCAGGGGUAAUUGGGAUACUAUGCUCAGAGAUCCCAAGUUAAAGUUUUCAAAGUACAAAACAUCUGAAGAUUUAUCAGUGAGGUGGGAAGAGGAACAAGUAAAGGUCUUUCAGGGGCCAGCUUUUCCUGUGCAAAGAUCAUCCAAGAUGACAAAGGCUGCUAAAUCUGCACAUUUUCCAAUCUCUGAUGGAAUGAUGGAAAGGGCCUUGCAUGGGAGCAAAUUUCUUUUGCCACCAAAAUUUCAAAACCAUCUGACUGAGAUGAAAUUAGGGAUAGGUGAUUCUGCAUCCAGUCUACCCCAUUUCAGAACAUUGGAUCGUGCUAGUUUGCAAAAUGAUCACUUUGCAGCUCUUCCAUCUUGGAGUUAUGAUAAAAGCAGAGCAAAAUUUCCUGAAGAUGCUUCUGCUGAAACAUCUGAUAGACCAGGGACUUCAUCCCAUGCACUGACUGAGAGACCAUUUCUGCUCAAUUCUUUUGGAACCAGUAGCUUGGGUUCUUUAGGUUUGAAUUGCUCAGGCAGCAUUGAUAUACAACAAAAGGAGGAUGACCAAGGAAACACCAAUCGUGGAAAGUUGCCUGUACUUCUGGAUGGAUCACCCAAUGAUAUGCGUGAUAAUCGCAUUAAUGUAGUAAAUGGUGAAUCUAGUAGCUCAGGAUUGUUAUCCAACCCCAUUAGACCUGAUUUUUUGCACUCAAAAGGGGUGGAAGUAGCUGGAAAUAGUACUUCAAAAGACAAGCUUCCCCACUGGUUACGAGAAGCUGUGACUGUGAGUUCCCCUGCCAAACCUCCUGAUCCUGAACUGCCACCCACAGUAUCAGCCAUUGCUCAAUCAGUUCGCAUGUUAUAUGGAGAGGAUAAGCCUGCAAUUCCUCCAUUUGUGAUUCCUGGACCACCUCUCUCCCUACCAAAGGACCCCAGAUGUAGUCUCAAGAAGAGAAAGAGAAGAUCACAUAAGUUCGACCAGGUUCUUCCAGAUUUUGCUGGAACCAGCAGGAACUUACACAGCAGCCACCUUGUUGAUAAUGGUGCUUCAAGUUCAACUCCUUUGGGCCCAUCAUUUCCUCUACUUUCUCAGACAGGAACUCUAGGACCUCAGCAGAUUGAAUCUGACCUCAAUCAUCUAAAUUUAAAAGUGGCAGACCCAUCACAUUCGUCACUGCACCAGUCGAAAAAGUCAAGCUCAGGACUGUCUCCUUCGCCUGAAGUGCUCCAGUUGGUUGCAUCAUGUGUUGCUCCUGGCCCUCAUCUUCCAUCAGUUUCUGGUACUUCAAGCUUUCUUGAGAGCAAGCUUCCAUUGCCAAGGCCGGUUGGCAGAGCCAAAUUCAAAGACUCAGAAGGUACCUUCAGAAAUAAGAAACCUAGGCAGAUCUCACCAAAAGUUUGGUGUUCACCUCAACAGCAAAAAGCAGAAAACCCUGACAGUGGAGAUUCCAGCAAGACUCAGUCUGAUCCCUCACGGGUUGAACGGCCGGAUGAAGGGGAGGUGUCAUCUGAGGGAACUGUCUCAGAUCAUGCUGUGAGAGAUCAGGAAACAUAACUGUAGUAGUGUCUCAGGUAAAAAAUGAGACCUUAUUCUUUCUUGCUGCUGAAGCCUUUUCAUCAAUGCGCUAGAAUUUUUGUAGGUAUGACAGUGAGUGAACUAGCAAAUAUAGGAUUGUUGAGAACAUGUAAAGUUUUUUUCUCCAAGUAAAAUGAAAUAUAAUGUUGCUUGCUGGGUAUUGUUUGUUGCCCCUUUUGUCUGGCGUGACAUUUUUUUGCAAUUGGAACAACAUAUAAUAAUCCCUUUUUACAAUCCAUUGUCCUUGUAUUAGUAUGAACUCUGAAGUACGAUGGAAACAA